CUAUCGUCCAUCUUGCUUCCGUGGCAUACGCAAUCGGUUCGUUUUUGACUGCUAUCGUUCCUUUGCCUUUGCCGCCGAGAUGGCUUGACUCGUUACGUUCAUUGGCUAUUAUGUCGUGCGAUGAGAACUUGAACUGCUUCUAGUGCGUCGGAUUUGUUGAUUUGAGCUUUACCCAAAAAACGCAGCGGCAUAACCACCAAAGACGUCUACCCAUGCGAAAUAUCACGUAUUUUUUUCAGAAACGUUGUUGUUUCCUUUUGAUCCUCCAACCAGCAUGUUGCUUUUGUUUGAAUUCGUUCAUGCCAUGAAGAUGCAAUCCUUACGAAGAUAGCACAAAGACGACUAUGGUCUUCCUCCGCGGAGCUGCAUCCCGAGGCGCCGACGGCGACGCGGCGAGACAGGGACAGCCGCGAUCCCUCCGAGAACGCUUAGCGGAAACGAGAUCGCGAGGGCAAUUCGGUGGCGGAGAUAAUUCCGGGAGCGGGAGCCGCGGCGGCGGUUCGUCCGCAUUUUCGUUCAAACGCGAUGUCCCGGUGCAGCGACGGCACACCUUUGCGCCGCUUUUCGACAAGGGCAGGAAUUCGAACGCUCGCGGAGGCAAUAGUGGAGUUGUUCCCCCGGUUCACUGUACUAGGCCACAGACAGACACUGCUAGCGAGGACGACGCGUUGGAUAGCGCAAGAGAAGGACAACGAGAGGAACCGACGAGUUUAUUUGACCCAGACGCCCGGACACCGGCAGCCAUCAUUCGAACCCUGGAACAAGUUGAGACCGAGCGACCCGGCGCAACUUCAAGAUCACCAGGCCUGUUGCAGCAGCAAAUGAACCAGGUGGCUCCGGUCGUUGCGACCUCGAUUGUUGAGGAAAGUAGGAGACCCGCGCUAUUCCAGUCGAGCCAAGCAUCCAGUCCGGUUGGCGUGGUCAGUUUCGGAAAAAAGACACCCUCGGCUUCGUCGACGCAACCACGGCCCGUGCUUUUCGGCGGCGCGCCACAGAGUACUAGACCAAGCGAAGAUAGCACUAACAGCCAGCAGCGCGGAAGCAAGGGUCGAGCAGGGAACUACGAUGCGCCUCCUGCGCAGAUAGAUUCGAAGGGAUCCAGCCGGAUGUCCACGUCCUCCGGGGAUGAGAAAAGCCGGUCUGGGAACACAUCGACCACAGGUGGCGCAAUUAGGCUCGACGCGAGCGGACUCUUGGAGGAGCUGAGUGAACAGUCGACGGCAACAACCACGCCGCCGCGCGAACGCUUGCUCUCUUCUCAAGGGUACGCGGAUCCCGAUAAACGCUUGGCAACACUCUAUGCCAUGCGGGCAGCUCACAGCGAUAAUCACAGUUACGUGGUCGCUGGUGCGGCGGCUACUGCGUCAGGAACAAUAAGUGCUGCACCUGCAGGAAGCGCUACGUCGUCUGCUGCUGUCGAUAUACCGAAUGCCUCGGUUUCGUACCCGUCAGUGCAACCUCCAUCAGUACAGCUUGUGAGCGAUCCAGUGACUACGGCACAGCUUGGCGGGCAUAUUACUAGCAACAGCCAUCAAAUUGUAGAUGAGCUCGCGUUUGUGGGUCUUACCAGGACCUCGCCACCGCCGGCUUUUCUCAACCACGAUGUAACCCCUGAGCACGACGUAAGGCCAUCUGCUCCCCCUCAAACACCACCUGUAGACAAUGCUGCAAGUGCAACCUCUCUCGGAGCCGCCGAUCACCAUAGCGUCACGUCCCGCCGUAUCUUGGAGUUUGAGGAGCAGGUGAAGCAGAAAGAUGCGGAACUCGAAAGGAUGAGACACAAGCUGCGGGAAAAGGACGCCGCAAAUGAAAAGCUCGCGGCCGACAACCGGCUUUUGCAAGAGAAACUUGCCUUUCUUGACGAGCGCAAAGAGCACGAGCGUAGAGUAUUCGACCACGAAAAAGCGGAACUGAGCCGCGUCAUCCAGGAAGAGCAGGACGCAAAGAAUGAGCUCCGCCUGCACGUGUGCGAUUUGCAAACUCGACUGGGCACGAUUGCCAACACGGCGACUUCGGGGCCGUCCGGCACGGUCACCCCUUACUAUUCACCACGGGCACGGAGUCGCAGCAUCACACCAAGAUUGAGCAGCGUCAAGUCAUCGCCCUUCGAGCAUGCUGCAGGCAGUGCUCCCGCGGCCUUCGCGCUACAGUUGGAGCAGCGAGCGGAGUUGGAACGGAGCGCGAGCAUACAGCCCGUAGUGGGAUCUCACUUGCAGGAGCACGAUUCCGCCACAGCGGAGUUGGCCUCUCUGGUCCUACCAGUGGGAACGAAUGCGGUGCCGGCAGGCGCAGCGGCGAUGCAGCACGUGCGCGUUGUUACGAUACAGACGAACUCCAACGGAGAGGACGAGAUACAAGCGUUCGAAAGGCAGCAAGAACUUCCAUUACAGGAGCAAACCCUACUUCUAACGAGCCAGCUCGGAAAAACUUCAAACGAAGGCAGUCCACCGAUCCCAGGAACGAGAACUAGUACAGGUAGCGCAGGAGUAACAAACUUCGCUCUGACAACUGGUGUGCACCAUAGUGCAGGAGCACCUCCAGGCCCUUCUUCACUAGGUCCUUCGUCGCCCCCCAGAGGGCCACAGUUGCUGUUUCCCUCUCCAAACAAAACAAGACCCGCUCCUGCAGCGCUUUCAGAAUCAGAACAACGAAGCCCUUCCGCGGUUGCCGUAAACCCUCAAUCCAGCCAGAUCGGGUCAUGGUUCCAGCCCGCAACUCUCUUUGCAAAAGAACGCAAGCGCACGUCGACGAUAGACCUGAGUCAGAACUUGAUUAACAGUCCUGGGGGCGGCUCAACGGCAACACCGGGCUCGUCGGCCUCAGCUGCAAUGCCAGCGUUUACCGUUAGCGGCAGUGCUCCUGCUUCGAAUGCAGUAGCAGAUCAGUCGCACACCUCCCCGCAAUCAGCGCAGCACCAGGCGAUAACACAACCGAGCAACUUCUUCUCGUUGUUUGCUGGGGCCGCAGCAGCCGGCCCCGCUCCCGGGCUCGGUUCUGCCGGCUCCGCAUUGCCGCCUGGUGCGGUUGUGCAAACGCGAGAAGUGCUAGACAUUGGGUCAACGGGCGGAAUGGACCAGCAGCAGCUGCAGCAGCAGCAGACAUCACCUUUUCACAACUCGACCAAUUCACAAGGCCGGCCGCUGUUAUCCUUUGCAAACCUGGCCGCGGAGCAAAGAAACUUCCACAAUUCCUUCUUCAGUAACCAUUCCUCACCGUCGCACAACUCCAACCCGAACAACUCGGUUGGGCUAAGCGCACCAAGACCGCAUGAUGCCGAUCCGCCAGCAGCUGCGGUGACGCAACAGCAGCUGCAGCAGCACAUGGAGGCGGACUUCGAUAUGGAUCGGGACGCGGCGGAGCCUGACAUUGAUAUGCUUGAUGACAACGAUAUGAAUUUGCUUUGAGGCAGGCUAGCAUCAAUCUCCGAGGCAAUAUUAAAAUCAACAAUACUCAUCCGUUUCUUUCUUGAAUCUAGAAAAAGAACAGCUUUUGUUUUCCCUCGUCACAAUUUCUGUACCACUCCAGGGAGCAGGGACGACCUGUGAAACAUGCUCAAGGGUCAUCUACAAACGCGCACUGGAAAACUUACCCACCUCCUGGUUGAGAUGAUGACUUAAUACAUUCCCGUUUCGCGACGUGUAAGAAAACUUUUGUGCUUCUGGAUGUUGCGUUGUAAAACCCGGACAAAAUAACAAAGCAAAAGGACGAAAGGAGCUUCUGUCAC